CAAAUAUUAGAUAUAGAAAAUAAAGAAUAGAGAGAGAAACAGAAAAUGAAAUAGAAAUAGGCUCAAAUUCAAUGAAUGAAGAAUUUCUCCUUGUAUUUUUGUGAUGUAAGAAUCAAAGAAGAAUUGUUUCAAAGAAUAACAGAAAGAAGGGUCAUUCACAAUAUCAAUGCCUUCCUUAGACUCUCUUGAUUCCUUCCUCUUUUCUCUCAGCUCAGAAUUCUCUUCUCCUUUUGGAUUUUUCAUUCAAAUUCAGGGAUGUAUCAUUUGCUUAGUCUUAGCUUUUGGGUGGGCUUCAGCUGCAUGUGUCAGGAAAAGAGAGAUAAGAAGAAUAAGGAGGAGUAUACAGAAUGGAAAUAGCUUUGCUUUUAUAUGUCAUGAUAUCAAUGAACUUGAGCAUUGCAAUCAGGUCAAUUUGCCAAAAGUAACAGUAAUUAUGCCUCUAAAGGGGUUUGGUGAACACAAUCUCCAUAAUUGGAGGACUCAGUUAACAUCUCUAUAUGGUGGUCCUCUAGAAUUUAUUUUAGUUGUAGAAAGUACAGAAGAUCCUGCUUACCAUUCUGUAUCAAGAUUACUAUCAGAAUUUGAGGGUUCUGUAGAGGCUAGGGUAAUUGUAGCUGGUUUGUCAACAACUUGUAGUCAAAAAAUUCACAAUCAAUUGGUUGGAGUGGAGACCAUGGAUAAAGACAGCAAAUAUGUAUUGUUUUUAGAUGAUGAUGUGAGCCUACAUCCUGGAUCAAUAGGUGCACUCGCUCGUGAGAUGGAAAGAAAUCCUGAGAUAUUUAUACAAACUGGAUAUCCUCUUGAUUUACCAUCUGGAAGUUUAGGGAGUUACUGCAUCUAUGAAUACCAUAUGCCUUGUUCAAUAGGAUUUGCCACUGGUGGAAAAACCUUCUUUUUGUGGGGAGGUUGCAUGAUGGCAAGUAGCUUCUACCUUUUUUCUUUUUCUUUGGUGUAUAAAAAUACUUGCAUUCUAACUGUUCAUUUUUUUCUAAAGAUGCAUGCUGAAGACUUUAGGCAAGAUAAUUGUGGUGUAGUCUCAGAACUUCAAAAUGGUGGAUAUUCUGAUGAUAUGACUCUUGCAGCCAUAGCUGGAGCUCAUAAAAAGCUAAUUUCUUCUCCGCCAGUCGCUGUCUUUCCUCACCCGCUAGCAACUGAUCUUAAUUUUGGAAGGUACUGGAAUUAUUUGAGGAAACAAACAUUUGUUUUGGAGUCGUACACAACGAAAGUUAACCGUGUAAUGAACCGCGCACUAUUCACCGUUCACUGUUAUUUGUCGUGGGGAUUUGUAUUGCCAUACAUUAUAGCGAUAGUUCAUGUUGCAGCGGCACUACAGUUUCACUAUAAGGGUUACUCAGUCGAGGAAAUGGCCUACACUUCUGGUGGGUUAUCACUGGUGUAUUUUCUAGCCAUAUGCACUCUUCUUGAGCUUCUUUCAAUGUGGAACUUGACAAGAAUAGAAGUUCAGCUUUGCAACAUGUUGUCCCCAGAGGAACCUCCUCUUUCUAUUGUUAACUAUAACUGGUGCCUUGUAUUCAUUGCCAUGUUGGUGGAUAACUUUCUAUACCCUAUAUCUGCAAUUCGUUCUCAUUUCUCUCAAUCUAUUAAUUGGUCUGGUAUUAGAUACCAUUUGAAAAAUGGGAAAAUCUGCAAGAUAGAUAGGACUCAACCAAACAAGGAUAUGGCUCCAGUUUUCACAGACUUGGCUGGAAAACUUUUACAUGGAAGAAAAGGGUUUCCUUCAAAAGGACCACUCCUCAGUUCAUUGUCCAAGAAAUACACGGAAUGGCGUCAACCCAAGAGAUCUGAAUAACUACAAAAAAAUGGCUUCAUUUAGCGAAACAAAAUCGUUUUUGGAAUACAAAGGCUUAAGUGAGUUGGGUUUCGAAGGCUAGUCAGGGCCAGGACCAAGGCAGACCUCAAGGAGCAUACAAUAUCUGUCUAGUGUAACUCCUAUCUCCCACAUGGUUGAUCGAUUCUUUAGUUAGGUAGAAUCCUAGUUGCAUAUUUUUUUGUUAUUA